UUAAAUGGUAGUACAAUGAAGCUGUUGGUAGGAUAUGGUCACUGGUUGAGCAAAUAGUCAUUCCUUCGUACUCCACCUCAAAGGUCUGGAAUGUCUUACUGAAGUCAAGGGCCCUGUGAAUAGGAUUGGUUCCUUAUGGAUUUAGACUCGGACGUAAGAACGCACCCAACUCAUCCCAACAUGUGCUGGCCUGUGUGCUGCAUGUUGACAGGAGCAGCUACCACAGUUCUGUGUGUGCGAGACAGACAGACUGUGAGGUGUGAGUGAGUCUUUUGUCGAGUUCUAUUGAAGCCUGUUUUCCACUUCUAGGCAGAAAGGUAAGUUAUUUAUUUUCUCUUAGGACAGGGUGGAUUUGAGAGGGGAAGGACGGUCGAAAACACCUUGAAUAAAAGGUAGUAAGGCGCAAAAGCUUCGAGUGGAAAGGUCAUGUGACUUAAUGGGAAGAACGAGAUGUGGGAAGGGUAGUGACUCAUCAGGCAAUCUUUUCUUUGUUCAGCUUUCAUUUCCUACUUUUUCAUUUAAAAUGCAGGCUAGACCUGAGGGGGGGGAAAAAAGGCUUGCAUUUUCUUUCAGAGAUUAGUGUAUUUUUAUUCGUUUUAGUGUGAUGUCCAAAAUGUUCUCACUUACCAGGAUGGGCUGCAGGAUGCAGAUAUUUCCAGCACUUUUGGAACGUGGUUAAGUGAGACAGGGACGAAGAAAGUUUGGACCUGAAUUGAUCCAGUGGAAUUUUCACAUUAGUGUCCUUGGGCUGUCUUAAUGAAAAAGUAACUCUGAAAAACAAGGUAGUUCUUAGUUGUCUCAAUAAACAGAUUUCUUAUGCAGGACCUAAUUAGCUGAGUAGUAUGCAGUGUCUGUAUUAAGGCGCCGGCUCACCAGUAGAAUCUUUGACCAUCCGUAAGUUGGUCGUCAGAAAGUGAGCACAACUUUGCACCAUUUUGUGUCGUUAUUAUGAGCAAUACCAGUUUAGACUGUCGAUGAGAACAUGAUGAAUGUGUUAGAUGAUUCAGCAUCUAUGAAGGACUGCUUUAGGAAAGUUUAGUAUGCAUUGAUCAAGCUUAAUGUGUACGGUAUCUUAGCGUUAAGCAUGUUCGCCUCACACCUCCAGGGUUUGGGGUUCGUUUCUCGCCACUGCCCUGUGUGUGCACACAUGUUCCCCUGUGCUGCGGGGGGGGGGUUCCUCCAGGUACUCCAGUUUCCUCCCCCAGUCCAAAGACAUGCCUGGUGGGCAUGGUGAUUGGGCUGAUUUUGAUGUCCAACAUGUCUGUAGUGUAUGAAUGUGUAUGUGAUAGUGCUCUGUUAUGGAUUGGCACCCUGUGUACCCCCGCCUUGUCCCCGAUGCACCCCACGGCUCUGACGGAUACGCGGUAUAGAAAAUGGAUGGAUGUCCACGCUUAUAAUACCUUGGGUAUUUUUUUGGACUUGUUCUCCCUUCCGUCAGCUUCAGAAUUAUUGGUAUCCUUAAUAAAAGCUUGUGAUGAAUGAUAUAUCGAGUAUAUUUUGAACAUAUGUGCAGUCUUAUAGAGAACAGUAUGUUUUUUGAACAGUGCAGUUUUUCCGUUUUAAAAUGAUUGGCACCCCUCGAUUACUAUUUGGUGAAGCCUCCUGUGGAGAAAAUAACAGCAAGUAAUAUUUUCCUGUAAUUUCUAAAAGCUUGGACACUCGAGUAGAAAUUUCUUCGACCACUGUAUGUCAAAGACAUACAGGCAUGCAGUUUUUGCUUACACCAUGCUCCUUUGCCUCAUAGGUGAUCGGGUUGCACCAAGAAAAGCAGAACGGCUUGACGAUGUGAGUGAGAGACUUCCAUCACUAAAUAUCACCUGUGGCCAACAGGAAUAUAGAGGACAUCGUGCGGGGCAGUUUUAUAGGACAUGGAGACUACAUUGCGUCAGCAAUCGCUGAAAUGACUAAGCUUUCUGUUACCAGCUCCAACUCACUCAGGAGGACUAGUCUGUCUGUUCGAAAACGAGCCCAGUCCUUAGGACGCCUGGGUGAACUUGUUGAAGGGGAGACAUAUCAGUAUCAGGAACUGAAUGAGAAUAAACAUAAAAACGGCCAGCCUGUCUUAGAUUUGCAUGAUUGGAGACGGCAAGUCUAUAGUGAGAGUGGAAGCCCACGUCCAGGGGCCAAAAACAGUGCCACUCUCCAACCGAAUGGGCUGGCCCCAAGAGCCAGGUCUAUUAUUGAAGUCACUAUGGCGUCUUCGGAGAAGCCACGGCUCAUGCCAAGGGACAUUUUAUUUUUACCAGGUGCAGGUCAAGAAGCCACAUAUGCCCAGAGCGAGAGACAAGGACCUUAUUAUCCCAGUAUGGCUCAGAGAGUCAAUAAGAUCAACCAAAGGCCUAUGUCCUGCCUCUACAAUACUCCCACGUUAAGUCAAGGGUCAAAGUUCAAACCAAGGGUGACUCCCAGCUCAGCGCUUCCCCUGGUUUCUGUGGAGACCACUAGAAGACCAUACUCCACUUAUGACUUGAAGACAAACUCAGGGGGAUUCUCAAAACCAAAUGGCACCAGCAGUCCAAAUCCAGCGUAUGACAUCCAUUCUCAGUCCUCCAGCAAUACAACAGUCAUAUCUCCUAGUAAUGCCUCGGUACCCACUAUACAGGACAGUCCUUCUCAGCCUCGCCCCUCACCGACAGGCUCCCCUGCCACUUACAUUCCUGGGGCUUGCUCUCCCAGCCUAAGAACUCCUGAGCCAGCCACCAUUAUUUGUGAGCAGCCUGGGGUCACUCAUGCACAGUUCAAGGCUGCUCUGCAAAUGGUAGUGGACAAAGGGGACCCCUGCACCUACCUGGAGAACUUUGUGAAGAUCGGUGAAGGCUCAACAGGAGUUGUCUGUAUUGCACGGGAGAAACAUACUGGGAAACAGGUAGCAGUGAAGAUGAUGGAUCUGAGGAAACAGCAAAGGAGAGAGCUGCUCUUUAAUGAAGUGGUUAUCAUGAGAGACUACAGGCAUAAGAAUGUGGUUGAGAUGUACAAGAGUGCUCUAGUGGAGGAGGAGCUUUGGGUCAUAAUGGAGUACUUGCAGGGUGGCGCUUUAACCAACAUAGUGUCUGAAACUAGGUUGUCAGAGGAGCAGAUAGCUACAGUGUGUGACGCUGUGCUGCAGGCUCUCGCCUAUCUCCAUGCACAAGGUGUCAUCCACCGAGACAUCAAGAGUGACUCGAUCUUACUAACACUGGACGGGAGAAUAAAGCUAUCAGACUUUGGAUUCUGUGCUCAGAUCAGCAAAGACAUCCCAAAAAGGAAGUCACUAGUUGGAACUCCAUACUGGAUGGCUCCAGAGGUCAUCUCCAAAACCCCAUAUGGCACAGAGGUGGAUGUGUGGUCUCUGGGCAUUAUGGUGGUGGAGAUGGUGGAUGGAGAGCCUCCAUAUUUCAGUGACACACCAAUAACUGCUAUGAAGAGACUGAGAGAUGAAGCAGCACCUUCUGUCAGAAAUACACACAAGAUCUCACCAGUGCUGAGGGACUUUCUGGAAUCCAUGCUGACAAAGGAUCCUCUGGAGAGAGCGAGUGCCACUGAUCUGCUCAAGCACCCUUUCCUGCUGCAAAGUGGCUCCCCUCACUGUCUGGUGCCUCUCGUGGAGCAGUACCGGAAACGCAUGUCCUGCUGCUGAACAGCGCUACAGGACUGCAUACAUCAGCAAAAUCAAUAAACUCUAAACAUGACAUUUGUGAAUGUGAACCUCUUAUGUCUGUCAGUGACCAUAGUCAAUAUUUUCAAAAGGGAUGUGUGUAACAUUCACUUUUUUUUUUUUUUUAAAUUUCACCUAGCCUAACUAAAUGCACACUAGAACCAUUGGCUUUUCUUUUUUUUUUUAAUUUAAAAAGUAAUUCCACAAUUUUGUUUAACUUUCACUAUACCGACUACUUUUGAGUAUUAUUCAUUACCUACCAAAAUUUUACUUAAUGACAUCACAAAGUCUAACGUACAUCUGAGGGUUUUUUUUUCUUUUCAUUUUUAUAUUAAUGUUUAGUAUUUCUCUAAAUUCCUAAAUGUCAGUGCUUUGUUAAAAAAUACCUAAUGUAUUUUUGAUUAAUGAAAAGGAAAUAGCAUGUAUUUAUUUGAUAUUAGUACAAAUCAUUUGGAAACAAUGAAUACAUCAUUUACAUGAUAAUCUGUCUCUCUGAAGCGGUGACCGAGUUGGGUAUGAAUGUUAUUCGGCUCAUUGAAAUCAUCUAUUUUGUAUUAAAUCACUUAUUUCUGACCUAAGAGCUAAGAACUUUAUGGUUAAUACAUUAAUGUUACAAAUGAGAAAGGUAUUAAACCGGUCAGAGUGCCCGUGCUGACCUAUGUCCACGGCUAAAAGCACCUACAAUGGGCACAUGAGCAUCAGAACUGGCUAUGGAACAAUGGACGAAGGUGGCCUGGUCGGAUGAAUCACAUUUUCUUUUACAUCAUGUGGACAGAUAUACAUAGUGCUGUGAAAAAGUAUUUGUGAACGUGAAAAAGGACGUAGUCCUAUGCUUUGGAUCAUUGUCUUGCUGCAUAAUCCAGUUGCACUUGAGUUUCAACUUAAAUGCAAUAAAUAUUACUCCAAUGA